AUGCCGAUCGACGGGAUGGGGUCCGUAGUCGCGACGGUGAGCGGCUACCACGGCGACGAGCGGCACAGGCUCAUCAACCUCAUCGCGGAGACAGGCGCCAGCUACGUCGGAUCCACGAGCAGGUCCAUCACCCACCUGGUGUGCUGGAGGCUCGAGGGGAAGAAGUACGACAUCGCGAGGAGGCUGGACACGCGCGUCGUGAGCCACCGGUGGUUCGCGGAGUGUCUCAGGGAGGGAAGGCACCUCCAGGAUGACCCCUACUUGAUGGAAAGUGGUGAAGAAGCAGGGCCAGUCCCAAAGCUGUCUGCUCAUCCCUGUACACGAGGCAAGGAAAAUGCCGUUAUGGAGGACAGAGUUUUCCAAGAAUUACCUGAUGAUUUCUGCUAUACUCCUCCAGCCAGAGCCAGCUAUACAGUUAGGCUUGAUGAUUCUGAUUUUGAGUCAGUCUUAUUAAAAGAAAUCCUUCAUGUUGUAUUGUCUAAUCCAAUGUGA